CUUCAUCAAGGAGCUCUGAUGAAGUCUUCUGCUACUCAAACUGGCAUUUGAAAAGAACGGCUCAUUAUGAUUAUUACAGUUAAAUUAAAGUAAUUUACUUUAAUCCUCACCAGACAACUAGGCUAUCACAUUUUGUUUAACAUUUGAUUUGAUUUUGAAAUAAUUUUGAGAAGAUUUUGAUUUUUUUUCUAAUGAUAGAAAAUAGUUAGUAGGCUUUUACUGGAACGGCCUCCAAAUUGUCCUAGUAUACUCUGAACACCGGCGCACGUGUUAGUUGAUUGACCACAAAAUCAGUUUCAUGCUCGGUUCACUUCAAUAGUUAGUUCCAGCCGCCACGCUUUGAACGGCUUUUCCCUGACAAACUGGGCUACCAGGCGGUCUGCACAGUCUUUGUUUUCUACACCAGAGAAGAUUGCGGUAUGAUUGGGCGUUAAAUCACUCCCUUGAAAGUACUACCAAUAGUCCCGGGUCGACGCAGAUAGACUACCAAGAGGUGGAUCGAACGGAAUCCGAGGCAAAUAACGGGCCCAAGAAAUAUCUCAGUGGUGUUGGAAACGCAAUGAUGGGCGAGGGAGAGAGUGACAACUUUUCCGGGACUAAAACGGCUCCAGAUGGAAGAAAAAGUUCGCCAGUCAUCGGGGAAGAUGACCUCUCCAGCGGCCGUCGCUAUAACAUAGACGAACUCGGUUCUGACAGGUACUUCAUCUCUUCAACACAGCCCAGCACCGACGUGGCCAACCCAUGUUCUCUGUUCCCUUAUGGACAGACCGGGACUGUGUAUAGUGGGUCAAACGGGUCCAGGUAUUCGGCUUCACUGCAUUACGGAUCGGUUUUGCCACCGACUGGGUUUUCAUCAGCUGUCUGCGCCAGUCGGAGUCAGUUUGCUACAGGGUACCAGUUUGGGCAAGGUCCGGGAUGUCUGUAUCCGCCGUACCCAGGAACAGGUUCGGGUAUCAGCUCAAUGCCUAUGCCGGGGUCCGCCGGAGGGGCAAGGGCUCAAGUUUAUCUGUGUAACCGUCCUCUGUGGUUGAAGUUUCACCGACACCAGACAGAGAUGAUCAUCACCAAACAGGGCAGGCGGAUGUUUCCCUUUCUUAGUUUUAACAUCACUGGACUGAAUCUAACGGCUCAUUACAACGUUUUUGUGGAGGUUAUUUUGGCCGACCCCAACCACUGGCGUUUCCAAGGGGGAAAAUGGGUAACCUGCGGAAAGGCAGACAACAACAUGCAAGGAAAUAAAGUGUACGUACACCCUGAAUCUCCCAACACCGGGGCCCACUGGAUGCGACAGGAGAUUUCCUUCGGCAAGCUUAAGCUAACCAAUAACAAGGGCGCAAACAAUAACAACACACAGAUGAUUGUCUUGCAAUCGCUGCACAAAUAUCAGCCACGACUGCACAUCGUUGAAGUCACCGAGGAUGGUGUUGAGGACAUAAACAACGAGGCAAAGACUCAGACCUUCACCUUCCCCGAGAAUCAGUUUAUUGCUGUCACCGCGUACCAGAACACUGAUAUCACACAGCUGAAGAUUGACCACAAUCCCUUUGCAAAAGGCUUCAGAGACAACUAUGACUCGAUGUACACAGCCCCGGAGAGCGACAGACUGACGCCCUCCCCCACGGACUCCCCCCGCUCCCACCAGAUUGUGCCCGGGGCUCGGUACGCCAUGCAGCCCUUCUUCCAGGACCAGUUUGUCAACAACCUGCCCCAGAACCAUCGCUUCUACACGGGCGAGCGCGCCGUGCCCCAGACCAACGGCCUUCUCUCCCCACAGAGCGAGGAGGCGGCGGCGGCAGCGGCGGCCAGUGCCGCCUCGGCCCAGCGCUGGUUCAUGGGCUCGGUCCAGCAGACGGGCUCGUCCUCCAAACUGGACCUGCCAUACGACGGUGACUACUCCACCUCCGGCUUGCUCUCCUCGUACGGCAUCAAGCCCCUGCCCCUACAGACGUCCCACGCGCUGGGUUACUACCCGGACUCGGCUGCCUUCAUGGCGGCCGGCUGGGGCAGCUCUCGGGGUGCGUACCAGAGGAAGAUGACCACAGGCCUGCCCUGGUCGCCGCGGCCCAGUCCCCCGGCCUUCGCCGAAGACCCGCUGGCGGUCAAAGACAAGCUGCAGGACGAGGCCACCGCGGCUGCCACCACCACAGUCACCGUGGGUGCUGCCGCCACCUCGUCUUGGAUGGAGACGCCGCACUCGCUGAAAUCUGUGGACUCUACCGACUCGGGGGUGUACUCCAUGAUCUGCAAGAGACGCCGGAUGUCACCAGGGGGGUCGAGCACAGACAACUCGCCCACCAUCAAGUGCGAGGAUUUGACCACUGACGAGUACAACAAAGACAACAACCAGAAAGGAAUGGGGUACUACACCUUCUACACCAGCCCUUAGGAGGCUGACAUGUCCAUUCUCACUCAAAUGUAUAGAUCCUUGGCUAUUUUGUCUUUCGUUUUCGUUUUGUUUACAAUUUUUUUUUAUGAAAAAAGUGAUUCUGCCCUCUUUGCAUUUUUAGAAGUUUAUCAGAAGGUGCCAAAGCUUAGUGCCCUCCUAUUGUGCUAAUUGAUUUCCCUAUGUACAUUAAAGGUGGUUUGAUUUAAUUUUUUCCCCCAGAAAUACUAUUUGCUUCAUCUUCUAUUAAGCAUGUCCCCAAAUUUUUUUAUCAUUUUUUUUUUUUUUAAAGCUGUGAUAUCUUUAAUUUUAUUUAAUAUCAAUUUGUUGUACAGUAUUUGUGCACUUUAGAUUGUGAUGUAUCUUGUACAAAUUGUCUACAUGGCACUGUUAUGAAAUGAAUAAUAAAAAUGUGCUUUUCAUAAAGUAAA